AUGAAGAAUAUAGGGUUACCACAACUAAGCCAAAACAUAAUUGCCCAAAAGAAAAAGCUUUGGUCAAUUCUGUCUAGCUUAAUGUUUCUGUAUGGCAUAUAUGAGACAUUCGUCCCACAUCACUUUCAUAAACAUGUUAGAAAAUACAUUCAAAAAUUCAUUGGCUUCAUGUCCCCUUACAUGCAUAUAACCUUCCCUGAGUCUGUAUCACGACAGUGCCUCCAACGCAGCGACGCUUACUCAUGCAUCCUAACAUAUCUCAGUGCAAAUUCAUUGGAAAAUUCCAAAAGACUUAAAGCUGAAGUUGUUGCAAAUAGCCAAACUCCACUUGUCCUUACAAUGGAGGACGCUGAAGAGAUUGAAGAUAAAUUCCAAGGGGUAAAAGUUUGGUGGUUUUCUCAUAACACUCCUAAUGAUUCAAAUGAUAAAAUAUAUUUAACACUAACUUUCCAUAAAAAUUACCGUGAACUCAUCACUACCUCUUAUAUCAAACAUGUGUUGGAAGAAGGAAAAGCUAUUAAAUUGAAGAACAGGAAGCUUAAGCUUUACACAAACAACCCUAGCAAUGAUUGGUGGAAACCAAGAAGCAGCAAGUGGAGCCAAACAACUUUUGAACACCCUGCAACAUUUGAAACACUUGCUAUGGACCAAGAGAAGAAAGAAGAGAUUAUAGAUGAUCUUAUUAAGUUCAAAUCAGGAAAAGAUUACUAUGCUAAAGUUGGAAAGGCUUGGAAACGUGGUUAUCUACUUUAUGGACCGCCAGGAACUGGAAAAUCUACUAUGAUAUCUGCUAUUGCUAAUUUUAUGAACUAUAAUGUUUAUGAUCUUGAGCUAACAACUAUCAAGGAUAACAAUGAGUUGAAAAGACUUUUGAUUGCGACGUCGAGCCAAUCCAUUAUUGUAAUUGAGGACAUUGAUUGUUCUAUUGAUCUCACUGGCCAAAGGACAAAGGAUGAGAAGGAAGACAAAGAUGGUAAUGGUAAAGAAAGUAAUGUAACUCUUUCUGGUUUGUUGAAUUUUAUUGAUGGAAUUUGGUCUGCAUGUGGAAGUGAGAGGAUCAUAAUUUUCACAACAAAUUUUGUGGACAAACUUGAUCCUGCUCUUAUUAGGAGGGGAAGGAUGGAUAAGCAUAUUGAAAUGUCUUAUUGUAGCUAUCAAGCUUUCAAGGUUCUUGCAAAGAACUAUUGGGAUAAUGAUUCUGAUCAUGUUUUGUUUCCAAUUAUUCAAAAAUUAUUGGGAGAGGUCAAUAUGUCUCCUGCUGAUGUUGCUGAGAAUUUGAUGCCAAAGUCAAUUACUGAUCAUUUUGGGACUCGCUUGGAGAAUCUAAUUAAAUCUCUUGAGAGAGCAAAGGAAAAAACAGAAAAGAGAGAUAAGGAAGCUGAGAUGGAACAAUGCCUCGAGGAAUCAUCAGUGUAA